AUGGUGUGCUUAAACGGGGCGCAUACUAACGAGGGGUAUGGGCUGGUGCGGCCGCUCUAUGCCUACUUCGACUUGCACCAGCUGAAGAGCCUCCUCCCCUUCACUCCCUUACAGGGCUUCAGAGCAGUCGCCCCGUCCGCCCAUCUCGCCACUCUCAUCGCUCUCAAGCUCGAGCCAGCAGCAGCGCUGGCAGAGGGGGAGAGGAGGGACGCGCAGUUGAUCAUUCGGAAUCUCACCUCUUCAACGGAUUCUGGAUUCGCCUCGUGUGAUGCACCUGAGGGGGCGUCGCUCCCGCGCAACUGGUCUCUGCUGCCCAUGAGAAAAGAGCUCCAGUGGGUGAUUUCCAACAUUACACUCCAAAUGAACAACAGCAACUACGACGUGGUGCACGUACGGAGGGGAGACAAGGUCUUGGAUUCAAAACGAUGGCCCAAUCUUGACAAGGACACACGGCCCGACAGCCUCCUGAAGCGUCUACUGGAGCUCAUUCAACCAGGCCGGUUCCUCUACAUUUCAACGGACGAACGUUCCCCGGGAUUCUUCGACCCCCUGAGAGAGAAGUUCAACGUUCGGAUGCUGGGGGAUUUCAAGGACUUAUGGGGGCCGGGGAGCGCGUGGUAUCAGGACUACUCGGACAUGCUGGGGAAGGAUGUUACUUUUGACUCGUACAUGGAGGUAUGCUGUGCGGUGGUGUGCGGUCUUAUGCAGUUGUGUGCGGUGGAGUGCGGUGAUGUGGUGUUGAGGCUCGUCACAUGCUGCUGGGGGAUUUCAAGGACUUAUGGGCGGCGGGUAGCGCGUGGUAUCAGGCCUACUCGGACAUGCUGGGGAAGGAUGUCACAUUCGACUCGUAUAUGGAGGUAUGCUGUGCGAUGGUGUGCGGUGCUGUGCGGUGGGGCACAGCGGUGGGCGGUGGUUUGCGGUGUUGAGGCUCGUUCCAUGAUGCUGAGAGAUUUCAAGGACUUGUGGGCGCCUGGGAGCACGUGGUAUCAGGCUCGUCACAUGCUGCUGGGAGAUUUCAAGGACCUGUGGGCGCCGGGGAGCGCGUGGCAUCAGGUCUACUCGGACAUGCUGCGGAAGGAUGUUACCUUUGACUCGUAUAUGGAGGCUCGUCACACGCUGCUGAAAGAUUUCAAGGACCUGUGGGCGCCUGGGAGUGCGUGGUAUCAGGUCUUCUCGGACAUGCUGGGGAAGGAUGUCACCUUUGACUCGUAUAUGGAGGUAUGCUGUGGGGUGGUAUGCACUGAUGUGCGGUUGUGUGCAAUGAUGUGCGGUGGAGUGCGGUGGUGUGCUGUUGAGGCUCGUCACAUGCUGCUGGGGGAUUUCAAGGAGCUUUGGGCGCCUGGGAGCGCGUGGUAUCAGGUCUACUCGGACAUGCUGGGGAAAGACGUCACCUUCGACUCAUAUAUGGAGUGGUGGUAUCUUUUUUACGCUUGUCACAUGCUGCUGAAGGACUUCAAGGUGGUGGGGUGCCCUUUCACGCCCCUCCUACCUGUGCUGCAUCUUUCUUCAACUUCCCCUCCAUCCCUCAUCCAUCCAGGCAAUGGUGGACUACGAAGUUACAAGGCUGGCUCAGGAGGCCAUUGA